AGGUCUCCGGGCUACUUGGAUAAAAUCCUGCCUCAAAUCUCAUUUGAGCUGCAGUAUAGGCCCGAGUGUAUAGGGGGUGCUGUUGGGGUGGCAUACACAAUCUGUGUGUAUAUCCUGCCCAAAACCUUUCAAACACAGCCAGCCAUGACAGAGACCACUGAGGAAUACAGACCAUUUGCAGCACUGCUGCCCAAUGUUUACCUCACCAUCCUGGCCCUCUUCUGCUUCAAACUAUUUGUCAGAAUUACCCUUAACUUACUCACGCACUUCUACAUCAUCAAAGGCAACCGCAGGGAGGCUGCCCGAAUUUCAGCUGACUUCUAUGGUAACGGUCAAGGUUAUGGAUCAUGGGCUGAUCGCUCGCCUCUUCACGAUGCUGCCAGCCAAGGACGACUGCUGGCCCUCAAGACCCUGAUUGCUCAAGGUCACAGUGUGAAUGUGCUGACAAUAGACCACAUUAGCCCUCUUCAUGAGGCCUGCAUAGGGAGCCACGUUGCCUGUGCCAGAGCCCUGAUAGAUGCCGGAGCCAACGUUAAUGUGACAACGAUUGAUGGUGUGACUCCAUUGUUUAAUGCCUGUUCAGCUGGCAGUCUGCCAUGUCUAGAGCUUCUCUUGCAGAGCGAUGCUAGACCACAGGCCCUGGCUAUAUGCCAGCCUUCACCCAUCCAUGAGACGGUCGGCAGAGGCCACAUCAAGUGUGUGGAGGCGCUGGUCGCGUGGGGUGUGGAUGUAGAUUAUGAAAUUCCUCACAUGGGCACCCCUCUCUACAGCGCUUGUCGAUGUAUGGAGUUCUUAUGUGCCCGCAAGCUGCUUUAUGGAGGUGCAAAUGUGCAAAGAGGCACAAAUAUGGAGACUCCUCUUCAUGCAGCUGCCCAGAAAGACUGUGUAAGCAUAGUGAAGCUCCUGCUGGAAUACGGGGCAGAUAUAAAUGCACGUAACCUGGAGUAUAAACGGCCCGUAGAGGUUGCACCUCCAGGGAGUUUAACAGAGGGCUUCCUGUUGAUUUAUGAAGCUACUCCCCGUUCUUUGCAUCAGCUGUCUCGUCAGCAAAUCAGGGAGAGUUUGGGGCGUUCCCGACUUCAUUUUAUACCACAUUUGCCCCUCCCUAAAGCAAUGAAGGACUUUCUACAAUAUAAAUAAUGUCAUUGCCCCUACUGGCUGUCUAUGUUUUAAUGUCUGGUUUGACUUAAAUAUAAUAUAUAUAAUCAAUAUCUUUUUUCUGGGGCCUGGUUUGUUAAUAAUAUGUUUCUUGAUACCUUAGGUCGGAAUGAAGAGGCAUGUUAAAUUUAGUAUAGCCUAUAACUAAACAUCAUACAAUAAACUUGUAACUUGUACCGCUUGAUCAGUCAUUCAUUCUGAAGCUAUAGUGUAGAUCUCAUAGGCUAUUUAUUUGAACAGCAAAGAAUAUAAUCUAUAACACUUAAUUAUAACAAAUCACAUUUUACACAAAGGUAAGC